AUGCUCUGUGAGGGUCUUUCCCUGGCCUUUUCCGGGGCGAGAGUAGCCCAACCGGACGGCGAUUUCCUCUUGAACCUUAUGGACAUCAAGUUCCUUGGAGACGGUGACCCAAAUCACCAGAUCGAAUUGACUGGAUCCCCUGUGGAGGAACUCGUUGUUGAUCGCCUUCAAUAGGGUCGUCUUCCCUAUUCCCCCCAUGCCGUAGAUCCCGAUGACUGGCGCUUCAUCGCCCUCCACGAGGCUGCGGAUCUCCGACAACGUCUCCUCCGCGCCCACGUUGUCGUAUAG